AUGAAGUGGUUGUGCUCCACCGCGCUGAUCUCGCUCUUUGCGACGACGGUGACGAGCUGGCCUUACGACGAGACCUUUCUUGACUACAACCUGAACACAAACAAGGAAGCAACGAAUCCAGCAGAAUACUCUGGAACAUACCCUUCUACAUAUCACCCUUCUCCUACCAACUGGCGUUUCCCGUUCUACACUCUGUUCUUGGACCGAUUCGUCAACGGUGAUCCUGAAAACGAUAACAUCAACGGUACUCUGUUUGAGCAUGAUCUGAAUUCGAACCAAAUGCGCCAUGGUGGUGAUGUGGCGGGCUUGGUCGAUACUUUGGAUUAUCUCCAGGGACUGGGAAUUAAGGGUAUUUACAUCGCGGGUACUUCUCUUAUGAACCAGCCGUGGGGAUUUGACGGUUAUUCUGCCAUGGAUACGACACUCUUGGAUCAACACUACGCUACAAUCAAGCAGUGGCAGGCGGCCAUCAAGGAAAUUCACGAUCGCGGCAUGUACGUGUUGUUUGACAACACCAUCGCUACAAUGGGUGACUUGCUCGGAUUCGACGGCCAUCUCAACAGCACGACUCCAUUCUCUGAAAAGGAAUACCAAGUUCAGUGGAAGUCAGCUCGUCGUUAUGUGGACUUUGAAAUCGGGAAUGACUACAACGCCUCUUGUGACUACCCCCGGUUCUGGUACGAGGAUGGAAAGCCAGUCAAUGCAUCUAUGACAGCCGAAUUGGUUGGAUGCUACGACAGUGACUUCGAUCAGUACGGUGACAUUGAAGCCUUCGGUGUGUGGCCCGAUUGGAAGCGUCAGCUGGCCAAGUUCGCCUCCGUCCAGGAUCGUCUUCGUGAAUGGCAUCCAACUGUUCGCCAGCGUCUCAUUCAACACUCUUGCAUGAUCAUCAAGACUCUCGACAUCGAUGGUUUCCGUUACGAUAAGGCUACCCAGUCCACCGUGGAUGCACUUGGCGAUAUGUCUGAGGCUUAUCGACAGUGUGCCCGCGACGUCGGCAAAGAAAACUUCUUUAUUGCCGGUGAAAUUACUGGUGGAGAUACCUUUGGUUCAAUUUACCUUGGCCGUGGUAGACAGCCUAACCAGAAGAAGAGCGGAGACGACGCUGCAUUGGAAACUAUGAAGUUGACAAACGAGUCUGAUCCCCAGUGGUUCUUACGUGAAGUCGGCAAAGAAGCAAUUGACGGUGCCGCUUUCCACUACUCGACAUAUCGUGCGCUGACUCGCUUCCUUGGUAUGGAUGGACAGCUAUCAGCUGGCUACGAUGUGCCUGAGGACUGGGUUUCUGGAUGGAACACCAUGUUGGUUACGAACGACCUGGUCAACGCGAACACCGGUAAAUUUGACCCCCGACACAUGUUUGGUGCUACCAAUCAGGAUGUUUUCCGCUGGCCUGCAAUCCAAUUUGGUGUCGAGAGACAGCUUCUGGGUUCCUUCAUCACCACGUUGCUUCUCCCCGGAAUCCCACUUCUCCUCUGGGGUGAGGAGCAGGCCUUCUACGUCCUUGAUGCGACCGCGUCCAACUAUAUCUACGGACGUCAAUCUAUGUCAGCAGCGACAGCCUGGAAGACCCACGGUUGUUUCCACCUGGAUUCGUCGCAGUACUACCAGUGGCCUAUCGAGAAGGCCAAACUUGGCUGCGAGGACGAUGGUGUCGCCUACGACCACCGCGACCCUUCUCAUCCCUUGUACAAUAUCUUCAAGCACAUGUACCAGCUGCGUGAGAACUACGAGGUGUUGAAUGACGGCUAUACAAUUCAAUCCUUGUCGAAGCAGACGGAAGAUGUUCUCUACCCGGGUUCUAACACCACAGUCACCGAGACUGGCAUGUGGUCGACUCUUCGCGAUGCCAACACUCUGGUGCAGAAUCUUACCGAUACUCAAUCAGUGUGGUUCGUCUACCAGAACAAUAAUGCCACAAAGCACUGGACCUUUGACUGCAGCAGCACCAACACGUCAAAGACAUUGAUCGCACCUUUCGCAGCCGACACCAAAGUCAGGAAUCUGUUUUAUCCUUACGAUACGCUGACUUUGGAAAAGGGUGCAACCAAGCUCGGUCUUAAUGGAUCUACCGAGUACAACGGUUGUCUUUCCAAACUGUCGCUCGAUAGGUAUGAAUUCCGUGCCUAUGUUCCGGUCGAUAAGCAUAUCAUGCCUCGGCCCAUGGUCACUGAAUUCUACCCCGGUCACGAUACCCCGAUUCACUCCACGGUGAAACCCAGUGCGGAUGAGAGUGUCAAAGUCGCAUUCUACUACUCGGAGGAGAUGGACUGUGACUAUAUCACCGAAAAUCUCAGUUUCAACUCGUCUACCGAGUCCCUCAACAUCCCCACAAUCAACACCAAGAGUGUCAACUGCUCUGUCAUCCCCGCUACUGACGUAUCAUAUGUUGGUCAAAUCCCCAGUGUUUGGAUGUGGUCUGCCAAUCUUGAUGGAGUAUACAACGGUGUCCACCGCCUGAGCGUGAAAAACGCGACGAACAAAGCCGGGACUGCCUCAACAAACUCGGUUGACCAUUUCCUUCUCCGUAUUGGUCAGUUAGAUAACCCGAUGGUUUUCGGCACUGCCAAUUAUUCUAGCAGUUUGUUCCACAAGGAUGAUAAUGGUACUUUCUUUGUUCAGCACCACGCCGCAGGUGCUGACAAGUGGCGCUACUCCACUAACUGGGGGACGUCUUUCUCCGACUGGAAAAAGUACACCGGUGGCAAUGACACCGUCACAGAGCUGCCUUGGUCGGGAACCAAGAAGCAAAGAUGGGACGGUGAUCACGUCCGUGUCGAGUACUGGAGCCGUUGGACCGGCAGCAGUGAUUACGUGCAGCAAGGCGAUGUCGACCAAAAACAAACCCCUCGUCGUUUCCCUCAUCUCUUCUUCAAUGGUCCUUAUAACCAGUAUGGAUACGAUGCUGGUUUGAGGAAUCAAGUCGAUCUCAACGAUGAUACCGGAUACUGGAACUACCAUUUCACUUCGGAAUGGCCCGCAGUUGGACAGCUUAAUGUCUGGGGUAUCAACCCUGACGGAAAGCCUGACCAAAGUAUGGUGCUUGGUGACGCCGAUGGUGACAGUAUUCUGGACCGCAUGCCGCCAUCAUCCCUUUCUGCUACUCUGAUCAACAUCACCAAGGCGCCUAUUGAUGGUCACCUGGCAUGGAAAUUCUACAUCAAUGAUGCUACUCUCAAGUACACCCUGAUCCCAGUUGGUGACCAGAGGGUUCAGAUUGCCAUGUUCGUCCUUUUCUGGAUUAUCCCUCUUCUCACCGGUUGCGCAUGCGUCUACAUCUUUAUGAAGUCAUUCUACAAGGUCAAGUUCAACCAGGUCGGUGUCAGCGAGAAGCACAGCUUGGUUCCUCUGGCUUUCUGGAAGAAGCUGAAGCCUUCUCGCAACGGAGAUUCGUCCCUGAACCCUCUCAUGCGCUUGGCGAACAAGUCUGGAUUCAUGCAGAGUACCACAGCUCUUGGCACACUUGGCGCUGCUGGAAAGCGCCGUAUGGUCUUGAUCGCGACUAUGGAGUAUGAUAUUGAGGACUGGGCCAUCAAGAUUAAGAUCGGUGGUCUCGGUGUCAUGGCUCAACUUAUGGGUAAAACGCUCGGUCACCAGGACUUGAUUUGGGUUGUUCCCUGCGUUGGCGGUAUCGAUUAUCCCGUGGACCAAAUUGCAGAGCCCAUGGAAGUCACUAUCCUCGGCAGCGCAUACCAGGUCCAGGUCCAGUACCACGUCUUGAACAACAUCACCUACGUCCUGCUUGAUGCUCCUGUGUUCCGUCAGCAGUCAAAAACCGAGCCUUACCCUGCUCGUAUGGAUGACUUGGACAGUGCCGUUUACUACUCAGCUUGGAACCAGUGUAUUGCGGAGGCUAUCAAGCGUUUCCCUAUUGACGCCUACCACAUCAACGAUUACCACGGAUCCCUGGCCCCUCUCUACCUCCUGCCAAACACUAUUCCCGCCUGUCUCUCUCUGCACAAUGCCGAGUUCCAAGGCCUAUGGCCUAUGCGAACCCUCAAGGAAAAGCAAGAGGUCUGCUCCGUCUUCAACCUCGAUGAAGAGGUCGCUCGUCGUUAUGUCCAAUUCGGUGAGGUUUUCAACUUGCUCCACGCCGGAGCCAGCUACCUCCGUGUUCACCAACAGGGUUUCGGUGCUGUCGGUGUGUCCAAGAAGUACGGAAAGCGUUCUUACGCCCGUUACCCUAUCUUCUGGGGUCUGCGCAAGGUCGGCAAUCUGCCUAACCCCGAUCCCUCUGAUGUCGGCGAGUGGACUAAGGAGCCUACCAAGGACGAGGAUAUCACUGUGGACCCUACCUAUGAGGCUAGCCGUGGUGAUCUCAAGCGUCAAGCCCAGGAAUGGGCCGGUCUUGACCUUAACCCUGAUGCCGAUUUGCUUGUCUUUGUUGGCCGCUGGUCUAUGCAAAAGGGUGUUGAUCUUAUUGCCGAUGCGCUGCCUUCUGUUCUUGAACAGCGUCCUAAUGUACAGUUAAUCUGUAUUGGUCCCGUUAUUGAUCUUUACGGAAAGUUCGCCGCCCUCAAGCUGGACCACAUGAUGAAGGUUUACCCUGGUCGUGUGUUCUCGAAGCCUGAGUUUACUGCUCUCCCGCCAUUCAUCUUCUCCGGUGCUGAAUUCGCCCUGAUCCCUUCCCGUGAUGAGCCCUUCGGUCUGGUUGCCGUCGAGUUCGGUCGUAAGGGUGCUCUGGGUAUCGGUGCUCGUGUCGGUGGUCUUGGUCAAAUGCCUGGUUGGUGGUACAAUGUCGAGUCUAUCUCCACAUCCCAUCUGCUCGUUCAAUUCAAGCUGGCUAUUGAGGCAGCGUUGACUUCGAAGACUGCCACCCGUGCGAUGAUGCGUGCUCGAUCUGCCAAGCAGCGUUUCCCUGUUGCUCAGUGGGUUGAGGAUCUUGAAAUUCUCCAGUCUACUGCUAUUCAGGUUCACAACAAGGAAGCUGCCAAGGGCCACGGUCGUCCUGGUACUUCAUCUGGAAGCACUUACGCUGGUACAAUGACACCCCCUCACGCAAUCAGCAACCCUAUGAACGGUCUGCCUUCGCCUGGCCUUCCUCCCGGUUUCGCCCAUUCUCGUGAUAGCAGCUAUUCAUUCAACCAAAUGAACGAUCUUGGCUCUCAGAACAAGCACAUUUACAGUGCUGAGCCUGAUGUCAACGACACUGAGAAGCCCAAGUCUGGAUUGAGCAGGUCUCUUUCUCUUGGUGUUCGCUCGGGUCCUGGUCACGCUGCUCGCCGUAGGGCUGCCGCCGCAGAGGGCAUUCCAGAAAGCGAUGCCGAUGCUGAAGACAGCAGCGAUGAGGACAUUUCUCACGUUGUCUAUGGCGAUGAUGAGGAGUACACUCUUACCCCGGCCCAGGUUGAAGCCGAGCGCCGUGCCCAAGCCUCCCAGAGGGAGCGUGGUCUCGCCUCUCCUGGUCUUGCUUCUCCCGGCCUCGCCUCCCCCGGUUUCGGUACACCUGCCAGACGUCUCAGUCAGGAAUCCAUGCACCCCCGAUUCGCCCUACCUCCUACCAGCCCUGGAACACCGCCCAGUGCUGAAAACCUUCUUUUGCCUCCUACUCCUUUCGGUGACUCCAACCGUUACAGUAACGCCUCCGUUCUCUCGCUUGACUCCGUUGUCGGACAGAAAAAGGACUUCAAGCUGCAAAAGGUGGAUCCCUUCUUUACUGACAGCACCGGCGAGUACUACAAGACCUUCGAUAAGAGAUUGGACAACCUCAAUGGGUCCAACUCCGAGUCCCAGCUUUGUAUUGAAGAGUUCUUGAUUAAGAGUGAGCAACAGUGGUUCGACAGAUUCCGCAAUGCCAAACUUGGUCGCCACACCAAGUCUCCCACACCCUCGAUUAUGCAAUCCCGCAAUGCCUCGCCUGUUUCAUUCUACGAUAAUGACAUUGCCUCGCACCACCACGGUAGUCACGGUAGUGAGGAGAACAUCACCGAUGACGAGUUCCUUCUUGGAAAGGACUACGUUCCUCCUACUGGUCUGAAGAAGUGGAUGCAAAUUAAGCUGGGUGACUGGCCUGUCUACUCCAUUUUACUUGCUCUUGGUCAAAUCAUCGCUGCCAACUCUUACCAGAUCAACUUGCUCACUGGCGAAGUCGGUGAAACCGCAGAGAAACUGUACGGCAUUGCUACCACCUAUGCCAUCACGUCUAUCUGCUGGUGGCUCGUCUACCGCUACUUCAAGUCUGUUGUCUGUCUUUCGAGUCCUUGGUUCCUCUACGCCAUUGCUUUCCUGUUCAUUGGCUCUGCUCACUGGGUUUCCGAUGAGUUCAGCCGUGGUUGGGUUCAGAAUGUCGGCAGUGGUUUCUACGCCGCUGCCUCGUCCAGUGGAUCCAUCUUCUUCGCCUCCAACUUCGGUGACGAAGGUGGUGCGCCUGUUGAAACCUGGAUCUUCCGAGCUUGUGUUAUCCAGGGUCUUCAGCAAGUCUAUGUGAUUGGUCUCUGGUACUGGGGUUCUACACUUACCAAGGCCUCCCAAGAAGGUAUCCUGUCCGACAACACCAUCGCCAACAGCUGGAAGAUGACUGCGAUUUGUUAUCCAAUUGCCGCUUUCCUCUGCAUUGUCGGUCUGCUCCUCGCUUUCGGUCUCCCUAACUACUACCGCCAAAAGCCCGGCAAGGUCCCCUCCUUCUACAAAUCCCUGUUCCGCCGCAAGAUCGUCAUCUGGAACUUCAUCGCCGUCAUCCUGCAAAACUUCUUCCUCAGCGCACCUUACGGUCGCAACUGGAGCUUCCUCUGGAACUCAAAUCACACCCACCCCUGGCAAAUCGUUCUCCUCUGCAUUCUGUUCUUUGGCGUCGUCUGGUGCAUUUUCCUCUUCAUCGUCAGCAAGUUCUCCAAGCAACACAGUUGGUUCCUUCCCGUCUUCGCCUGCGGUCUUGGCGCCCCAAGAUUCAUCCAAAUCUGGUGGGGUAUCUCCGGCAUUGGCUACUAUCUCCCCUGGGCAGGUGGUCUCACAUCCGGUGCCCUGGUGUCACGCAGUGUGUGGCUCUGGCUCGGAGUCCUAGAUUCCAUCCAAGGUCUAGGCUUCGGUAUCAUCAUGCUGCAGACUCUGACGCGUGUGCACAUGUGUUUCGCGCUCAUCGCCUCGCAGGUGCUCGGUUCCAUCGCGACUAUCUGCGCCAGAGCCUUCGGUCCCAAUAAUACCGGACCGGGCCCUAUCUCGCCAGAUGUCACGCAGGGUGUCCAUGCCAUUGCUAAUGCUUGGUUUUGGGUUUCCCUGUUCUGUCAGUUGCUGAUCUGUGCUGGCUUCCUCCUCUUCUUCCGCAAGGAACAACUUGCUAAGCCUUAG